AGAUAAUUCUGUAUGAUUCCUGCCUAUGUGUCAUAAACGACCCGUCCUCUGGAGCAAUCUCCUUGGUACAAGAUGUUUAUGUGGAGAUACUGCCGGGAGGUGGAAAUCAGGUAGCCUUCUAGACACUUAACCUGCCGGGAUAGGCAUAUGUAAACAGGAGUUGAGUUUGGACGUGCCGACUGAUGAAAAGAUUUUUUGGGAAACCCGCACAUUAUAUCAGCAAUUUCUGAUCUAUGGUCGCUCUAAGACACCACCCUGUGCACAAUUAACUUACACUGAGAAACUAUCCUGAUUGAAAAUUGAUGAUAUACGGGUGUUAAAAAAGGUGUCACAGUUAAUUCACGCUGAGAUAUUUUUGCUGAACGAAAUUAUCUGCUGGAACCCCGCUGGAAGAGGAUAGUGGGUAUCAGAUCUCGGCGAAUUAAGUGAUAGUCUGUUGUAGAUGAAGUUAUAUACCUAUCAGUAUUUCACAGGAAUAGAGGGCUUUUAGCCAAAAAUCCACAGAUACAGAGCAGUCUUGCCGUUGUUCAGCCUGCCUGGCAUCAUGUGACGGUAGCUAUAUUCAAUUGUCACUGAAAACAUAUGAGCUUGCUUGCGCAAUUUCCAUGUUAGCCGUUACCCAGUUCCCUCUACUCUAAAGCUUGAGCCCCAUAACAGUGGAUUGUCAACAAAAAAACAGCGAACGUUACGUAAGCUCCGUAGCCCUAUGCAAUUCUCAUCCCAGGCAUUUAUUACCAUCCAUCUGAUUCGGUUUAAGUUGUCUGCUCGCGUGCCGGCGCGUGGAUGAAUGAAGCUGUCGGGCAGAUGGGAACAUUUUUUUCAUCUCCUAGCUCCCGGCAAGAUGAUGUUACAGUCUGCAGGAUUGCUUCUGUCACUCACUACAGACCAUCUUCGUACAUGACUAUACACCGCAUAAAAACAGCUGGUACUCACAAACCCGCACCAACAGGAAUUCUUUGAGAUCUCUGAUACGAGUGAUAAUAUAUCGUAGACAUAAGAGUUUGGGUCUCUGCCUUCUAACUCUAUUUUUUACCCGUGUUAUAAGUUGUAACAGAGUCGAGCUGGUACCACAGAGCCAGCUGACUUAGUCAUCUGUUUACAGGACGUCAUUACCGGUCGGAAGACCUUGCAUCUGUUAUCUCCUCGGCGAAACUGAAGUAAAACACAAGCUUCCUUCGCGUUUGUCCCCACGCAGAGCUCUUACUGUACACAACGAAGCGAGACACCAAGGAGGAAAAUCAAACGUUAAAAAGCAGUGCUUUAUUCUGCAAAUUUGUGUAUCCCUCUCCUGAUUUUCUGUACGGUCUCAAAUCACUGGAAUAUUUUGGGACUACAAACAUAAAGGAGUGGAGUGAUUUUGUUACGGAGUCCACAGAUAUUCCUCGUGUGGCAACAGGGGAUGCUGUAUACUCAAGUCUGAAUGUCAAGACACCUUAUCUUCUUAUGGCUGUACACGUCAUCGUCGCCCGUUCAGGGACCCGUUUGUAGGCGAUGGCACAAAUCGAAAGUGAAUUCCAUAUCGAGAACGACUUUGUCUCAAACUAUUGCCAAAAUCGUCAGGAAAGUUGAGCGAUUGAAGUGAAACAUGUCUCUAUCACCGAGUCCGUCCAAGAAACAACUGACCCAGGCGAAGAUAGUUAUGUUGGGAGGCUGUGGAGUCGGUAAAUCAGCAUUCGUUGUAAGGUACAUCACCAAGCGCUAUAUUGGAGAUUACGAGAACAACAAAGAAAUGGUGUACACUCACAAAGUGAACUCUCCCCGAGGGGACGAUAUUACCCUGGAGAUUGUGGAUACAGCUUCGCAGACUUCUUCUGCCGACUUGGAGAAUCAUAUCAAAUCCGGAGAUGGAUUCGUCAUGAUGUAUUCUGUGACAGACCGGAACUCCUUCUGUACCAUCUGUCGUCUUAAAGAAACAUUGUACCAACACAAACCCGUAGAGAUCCCGCUAGUUCUCGUGGCGAACAAGAGCGACAUCCUAACCGCGAGAUCUGUCACAGAAGAUGAAGGGACAGCGCUGGCAGCAGAUCUUGACUGCCCUAAAUAUGAAAUUUCCGUAGCGGACAGCCCACAAGGUGUUUUGGAAUCUAUGGACGAACUUCUACGUCAAAUUUUACGAGAACACGUCAAAAGUUUGACCCGACUGCCCGUCCACCAGGCCGAAUCGAAUAAAAAGUCAAAACUUCUGAACAUGAAGAACGCUUUGAAGAAACGAAUCGGUCGCAGCAGAAGCGAUACCUUCUGAGAGUGCCGCAUGGGUGCCAAAAGUGUGCUAGUGUGGUUUCAUGGUUGCAAAGCCACACAAAUCAGGCAAAGUGUGUAGUAUAUGCCCUGUGGUGUGGUAGGAAUAAAAUGAAAUUAUAUUCACCAAAUAGAGUGUACGUAUUUAUCAAAAUAAUAUACAUGUACACGGGAUGCUACCUUUAAUCAUAUUCAUUUAAAUGCUAAAUUCGUUCACGCGGGAAUUCCGUGAAUAACUUGGAGUGUGUCUGCUAGCUUUUGGAUACAAUAUACUGAUCAUAGAGUGCUAAUGUCUAACUUGUAACCAUUAUGUGUGUCUUGAUAUAUACAUGUAACCAGUCUGUCUGCCAUCGACUUGUGUUCUUCCCAAAAUAAAAGGAAAGCUUGUGCAAUAAAAGUAAGAUGUCUAUUAAUGGAAUAUCAAUGAUCGAAACGACACUUGUCUUCAGUAUACAGAGUGAAGAAAGUGUACAGUGUGAUUUCUCUUCGAUUUGCUAGUUGGCGCGAGACUAUCUUUUAUUAGCAAAGUAACCACGUUCUCAAUAAUG